AAAAAAUAAAAGAAUAAGCAGGGUGACAAUAAUAACUAACAAGUCAUGGGGCUGCAAUGAACAUUUACCAUAUCCAUGAGCUGCAACAAUCAAGCCUUUGUUGGUUGGACUUGAAUUCAAUUCAAAAGAGAGAAACAGGAUAUGCUUAUAUAAUGAAAUUCAAAAUUCCAUCCUAGACCAGAUUGACUUAGAUGGCUCAUUCAUCCACCUCCUCACCAAAGACUGAAAGACUGGGACUUUUCCUUUCUCUCUCUGUGGGUUGCAACUCAUUUUCCAAGGCCCCAUUCACACUGGGAUGGCUUAAAUUGGAUUUAUGGUUGUCUUUAUAUUGAUCAUUGGAUGGUUUGUUUUGAUUUUAUUUCUUAUUUUAUUUUAUGGGUUUCAUUUACUUUGGAUGGAAAGAUGAUUUCUGCCUCUAGCUGCCAUGCAGGGACUUCCUGUAAAUCAUUAAAUGCUAGUCCUUCUCUAGCUUUUUGAGGUCUUUUGUGGCGUAUGGGCCAAAGGGAAGUUUUGUCUUAGAAAUUCCUGAGUUGUAUUAAUUUUGUGAAGUUUUGGAAAACUUGCUGCAAAUCCAACUUCUUGAACUUGUGGAUUUUGUGAAUUUCAGGAAUUAAGCUGCUGCAAAUCUGACUGCCAAGAUUUAAGUGAAGAAAUUGGUGAAUGUGAAUUUGUGGGGGAAGGGGUAUGAAGUGUUUCUCAUUUUAUGGUGGAGACAAAAAGCACGAACCAAAGACUACAAAGUCUGUCUCAGUUCAAUCUGUGAAUUCCACAUUGACUGAUCGUGAAGUUGGAAGAUCUAGGUCUGGAUUGAAUUCCCAAAAUGUCUCAGGCACCUGUGCAGAAUCCAUUGGGAGGCCCUCAUUUCCUAGUAUGUCUCAAAGACAAAGCAAUCUCAGAGUGUUCACUGUUUCUGAACUUAGGUUAGCUACCAAGAAUUUCAACCGAUCUGUCGUGCUCGGGGAGGGUGGAUUUGGUUGUGUCUAUAGAGGGUCUAUCAAGAGCACAGAUGACCCAACUAAAAAGCUUGAAGUUGCAGUGAAACAACUUGGUAAAAGAGGAAUGCAGGGUCACAAAGAAUGGGUCACAGAAGUGAAUGUUCUUGGGGUCGUUGAGCAUCCAAACCUUGUCAAAUUAGUUGGAUACUGUGCUGCUGAUGAUGAAAGAGGAAUCCAACGCCUUCUGAUAUAUGAAUUUAUGCCUAAUGGAAGUGUGAAGGAUCAUUUAUCCGCUCAAUCAGAGGUGCCUCUUCCAUGGACCAUGAGGUUGAGAAUAGCCCAAGAUGCUGCCAGUGGCUUAACAUACCUACAUGAAGAAAUGGGUUUUCAGAUCAUCUUCAGGGAUUUCAAAUCCUCAAAUAUCCUUCUAGAUGAGCAGUGGAAUGCUAAGCUGUCAGAUUUUGGAUUGGCUAGGUUGGGACCUUCAGAAGGACUGACUCAUGUUUCAACUGCGGUUGUGGGGACCAUGGGAUAUGCAGCUCCUGAGUACCUCCAAACUGGACGUCUCACAUCCAAGAGUGAUGUGUGGAGCUAUGGGGUCUUCCUUUAUGAACUUAUUACAGGUCGACGCCCUUUGGAUCGAAAUCGACCCAAGAGUGAGCAGAAGCUCUUGGAAUGGAUAAGGCCAUACCUAUCAGAUGCAAAAAGAUUUCCUCAUAUAUUGGACCCAAGGCUUGAGGGAAAAUACCCCCUAAGGUCAGCCCAAAAGCUUACAAGUAUAGCCAACCGAUGCUUAGUCAGAAACCCCAAGUCACGUCCAAAGAUGAGUGAAGUGUUGGAAAUGGUGAAUCAAAUUGCGGAUGCAUCAUCAGAAACCGCAAGUCCUCAACUAGCAUUCAGGAGUACCAUGUCUGUGGGAGCAUCACGGACAAUACAAAAAAAAAAUAAAAGAAGAAACAUAGAUUUGAAAGGCAAGGAAGGUGGUUGGUUUGCCCGGAUGUGGACUCCAAAGCUUUUAAGAACACGUUGAUUACAGUAAAACUUCAGCAUACAUAGUGGGUAGGACUUUUGGCUUGUGGAUUACUCUGGAUAAACUUAUAUAUCGAGACUUGUAGGGUUAUUGAUGUAUUGACUUAACAACAAAGUUUAUGCUAAAACUUUCAUAUGGUGUAACAGCAAGUUCUAAGAGAAGAACUAUGAAGUUGAGAGUCCAGAAGGUGCCUGAUUGAUUGGAACACGAAUGAUGCUAAUUUUAAAGAAAUUAUCAGUGA